AAUUCAACUGACGUGUCAAAAAUUACAACUCCUGUGUUUUUUGUGUGGGUAGCUUUUGUUCGAUGAAAUAUAGAAUAAUUAUUCUAGUUCACUUAAUAGUUUUACAACUAAACAUCCCAAUAAUAAAAGAAAACUUGUUAAAGAUUUACCUGAGAAGUAAGUGCAAUGUAUUCUUUUAUUUAAGCUCUAGUGCGUAACGAAAUGUCUUACGCCAGUGGAACAAAUGACCCAAAUGAUUUCUAUGCAAGCGGUGGUGAUCAGUCAUAUAAUUUUGAGGUGCCGGAAUUUGGUCAAGAGUUAAAUUUUCAAACAUUUGAUAACACACAGAGCUCCGUUCCACCGAGUUACGAUGCCAGCUAUGCCGCAAGUAAUCAAGGGCUAAGUGGUUUCUAUGAUCCAAAUGCAUAUGUAAAUCAGUCGUACGACCAGGAUUCAGGUUUCAAACCAGGUGGCACCGGAGCUGACUUCGACGAUGAGCCACCUUUGUUGGAAGAACUGGGAAUUAAUCCACAGCAUAUUUUUCUUAAGACUCUGGCUGUCUUGAAUCCCAUGCGCGCCACAGAUCAAACCAUACUACAGGAUACUGAUAUGGCCGGACCAUUGGUCUUUUGCCUGGCUCUAGGUGGCUUUCUACUCUUGAGCGGCAAAGUAACAUUUUCGUACAUUUAUGGCAUUGGUGUGAUGGGCUGUAUCGCCUUCUAUUGUCUGCUAUCGCUGAUGGCAACACAGGCGCAAGUAACAUUCGGUGCUGUGGUCUCCGUGCUUGGCUAUUGCUUGUUACCCAUGGUUAUGCUGUCCGGCAUUAAUGUUUUAAUCACCAUACAGGGUACAUUGGGACUUAUUAUUGCUGGUGUGGCGAUAAUGUGGUGUGCCAUGUCUGCUUCGAAACUGUUCGUGACGGCCUACUCGAUGGACCAUCAACAAGUACUGAUUGCGUAUCCAUGCGCGCUUUUGUAUGGAGUUUUUGCGUUGAUUACAAUAUUUUAAAUA